GAACAACCAUCCUCCCGCAUCAGUGUAUCAGAUUCUGUCAAAUGGACUAUGCGGCUUCUUCCUAGUAUGUGUGCGGUAUUGUUCAUUCAGUCGAAACUACAACACUUGUUUGUGUCUUCGUGGACCAGCUAUUAUCGCAGUAAUGGGUCCCACGGGAUCAGGGAAAAGCAACUUCAUCAACAAACUCACAGGCAAUAUGGAAGAGUCCAAAGCGGGAAAACUCGGGUCUUGUACGCAAGAGAUCCAGGAGUUUACAGUAAACCACGCCAAUGGAAAACGCUAUGUGUUCGUGGACACGCCAGGGUUUGACGACAGUUAUCAGUCUGACCGUGACAUACUUGCCACUAUCGCUAAUUGGUUACAAAAGAAGUACCAAGGAGAUAUAAAGCUUGCAGGAGUCAUCUACACACAUCGUAUCAGCGACAAUCGUAUGUCUGGUUCGGUGUGCAAGAACCUCGACUUGUUCGGUCGGCUGUGUGGAGACAAAGCUGCGCAGUGCGUGCGGUUGGUGACAACCAUGUGGGAUAAUCGAAGACCGGAGAAUACAGCAUUAUGGGAGAAUAGGGUGUCGCAACUGGAGGGAAACUUCUGGAAACCUCUUAUCUCUCUAGGGGCUCGUCAUGAAAAUUUCCUCAACACACAGGAGUCAGCUUGGAGUAUUGUGAAUGGGUUAGUCGGGGCCCGUACUCCUGUGGUCCAAGGAGAGGUAGACACUGCGAGGAAGUUGGAUGAAGGGAGUGUUCUUCUGAUUCAAGAAGAGAUGGUAGACGCAGAGAAGAAGUUCAAUGAAACCAGUGCAGGAAAGGCGCUCUACUCUCGAUUCCGGAGUGUACUACUGGAGCAGAAGGAGGCACUCAAACAACUUGCAAAUGCACUAGCGGAGCAGGAUCCGAAUACGGUAGAACAAUUGCGAGCAGAAAAUAGUAGGACGGAAACCGAGAUGCAGAAGGCAAUAGAAGACAUGGAAAAGAUGAAGAUACCGCUUGGAAGACGGAUUGCCUUAUUCUUUGGUCGGAACAGGGCUCGCUCCCACAAGAUUGAACUGAACUUUGUACCAGGAGCAUCAUUAGAUAACAACAGGUAGGCUUGACGUCCUGUGCGGAAGGCCGAAGUUACGCCUGGUCAUGAUAAUGACAACCUC